CGGCAGACAUGGCGGGCACCCCGGCAGCUCACGACGUUCCGGAGGUGGGAGCUCCACCGGCCGAAGACACCGCAGGCCACGGGCAGGCAGCGCAGGAGAGCGGGCAGCGCCGCGCAGUAGAUGCCGAGGGUGAGACGCCGUCAGCUGGGGACUCCACGGGCAAGGCUGCGACUGCUUUGCUCGACGAAGAGGAAGGGGAAAUCCCGGAAAAGAAACCCAAGUACCCACGAUCAGUUUUCUUUAUUGUGACCAAUGAAUUCUGUGAAAGAUUCUCCUACUAUGGAAUGCGCACAAUUUUAUCUCUGUACCUCAGAAACAUUCUCCGAUAUGAUGAUGACACAGCGACAACAAUUUACCAUACAUUCACAAUGUUGUGCUACUUCUUUCCUCUUUUUGGGGCUAUGUUGGCUGACAGUCUUUUAGGAAAAUUCAGGACCAUUCUCUAUUUAUCAUUUGUAUAUGCUGCCGGGAAUAUUGUUAUAUCCUUAGCAUCAGCAGGUGAUUCAAUACCAGGAAUGCCAGCCAGGGAAAUAAGCAUGCUAGGCCUUGUUCUUAUUGCAAUUGGAACAGGAGGCAUUAAGCCCUGUGUAUCAUCCUUUGGUGGUGAUCAGUUUGUGUUACCACAACAGGAAAAACAAUUAGCUCAGUUUUUCUCAUUGUUCUACUUUGCAAUCAACUCAGGAAGCUUAGUUUCGACAUUUAUUACACCCAUUUUAAGAGAAGAUGUUCCCUGCCUUGGCCAAACAUCAUGUUAUCCUCUCGCUUUUGGUGUGCCAGCAGCUUUGAUGAUAGUGUCAAUAAUUGUCUUCCUGAUCGGAAAAUCACUUUAUGUCAUAAAGAAGCCAGAAGGAAAUGUGGUUUUAAAAGUUUCAAAAUGUAUUACCCAUGCUCUUUCUCAAAAGAUCAAAUCAAAGGGAGAGAAACGUGACCACUGGCUGGACUACGCAGAUGAUAAACAUGACAAGAACCUUAUUGAAGAUAUAAAGGCAACACUAAGAGUUAUGUUUUUGUACAUCCCAUUGCCAAUUUUCUGGGCACUUUUUGAUCAACAGGGUUCUCGCUGGACAUUUCAAGCCACAAGAAUGACUGGAGAGUUGGGAUCAUGGUCCUUGAAACCCGAUCAGAUGCAGGUUGUCAAUCCUGUCCUCAUUCUAGUGUUUAUUCCUGUUUUUGAAGCUGGCAUAUAUCCUCUCUUUGAAAAGUGCAAUCUUCUGAAAAAACCUCUUCAGAGGAUUGGAGUUGGUGGUGUUCUUGCAGCCAUAUCUUUUAUUAUAUCUGCCAUAGUGGAACUUCAACUUGAGCCAACUUAUGCUGUCUUGCCAAAAUCGGGUGAAGCACAGUUGAGAAUAUUCAAUGGUCUGGACACUCAGCUUAAUGUAUCAUUAGAUAAUAACCUAAAUAACGUCAUAGAAGCACUUGGUGUAUGGGAGCUAAAGAAUUUGCCUGUUUCUGGCAAUCAGCAAUAUACAAUUACUACAACAAAUGGAAGUGUUAACAAUACUGGCACUGUAAUUGCCUAUGAACUUCAGGCAACCUCAUACCUAAUUCAAAAUGAUCUGAACAUCAGUGCUGCUAUUAGGAAUGACAGAAUUGAUAAGUCAGAGAAUGGCUAUCCAUAUAUUAGGCUGAUAUAUGACUUUGGAGAGAAUUUACCAUCUGAAAUAUACUUUAAAAAAGAAGGAACAGAUGAAAUUGCAUUGCGAAUCCCUAUACAAACUGGCAGUUCAGCAACAGACCCUUUAUCAAUUGAAGAUGGCACAUUUGAUGUAUUCACACAAAAUAAUACGAAGUUAACAUCGGUUACCCUGCAGUUGGGUGGUGUAUAUACACUUGUCUUGGUGGAGAGUGACUCAGCAACAGAUGUUUCAUUCACACAAAUAACUGAACCAAACAGUGUACAUAUGCUGUGGUUGAUACCACAAUACGUUGUAAUAACAAUGGGAGAAGUGAUGUUCUCCAUAACAGGCUUGGAAUUCUCUUAUUCUCAGGCUCCAACAAGUAUGAAAUCAGUUCUUGCCUCUGGCUGGCUGCUAACAGUUGCAUUCGGAAACCUGAUUGUAAUUAUAGUUGCGGAGGCAAAAUUCUUCAGCAGUCAGGCUCACGAGUUCUUUUUAUUUGCUGGACUGAUGAUAGCAGAUAUGGCAAUAUUUGCAUUGAUGGCAAUGAGGUACAAGUAUGUUGAAACUCUCAGUCAAAAUGACGACAUGCAGAUGAUAUCAACUCAAGAGGGAGAGAAGCAGGGCAUUGAUAAUCAAGUUUUUAAAAAUGAUGACUAAUAUAAUUAUUUUAUCUGUGAUAAAGUGGAAGAAUUUGUACAUAAUGACAUGUAAGAUCAGUAUUUUUAAAACUGUAUUUUAGACCUCAGAAAUAUUUAUUUUGUAAAUAUUGAACAAAUGAAAUACAUGGCUGUGAACUAUA